GGGGGCGGUGGUGGGGGGUCAUUGGGACGGGGAGGGGGUGUUGCCUGCCCUCCCUCUCCCUCACCCGCCUCCCCUCCCCUGAUCUCCCUCGCCUGUUCUGCUCUGAGGGCAGCAGAGAUGGACACCCAGGACAUUGAAGAGCUGCAGCAGGAGGUGGUGGAGGAGCUGGGAAUCUCCCUGCAGGAGCUGCAGGAGAUCAUCGACAAGGAGGUGGAGAACUCCGAGUGGGUGAGGCAGCGAAAGCAGCAGCUGGAGGAGCUGGAGAAGUGUGUGAGGCACAAGGAGGAGGAGGCGGCUCACGUUGACCAGCUCAUCGACAAUGCCACGAGAGCCAUCGACAAGUGCGAGACGUUGGCCAAGGAGUUGUACUCCAUGAUGGGCCUCCAGUACCGGGAGAGCAGCUCCGAGGACGAGGCCCCGGCGGCCACGGAAGUGAUCGAGAUCCCGGACGAGGAGGACGACGACGUCAUGAGCGUGGACUCGGGCUGGAAGCACAGCACCAGCAGCUCCAGAAUCUCCAAAGAUCAGAGUCUGCUGCAGGAAGCAAUGGCUGCCAUGAGGAGAUCAGCCCGGGAUGUUGCCAAAUUCAUGGAUGCUGUGAACAAGAAAACAAGCUCCCAGGAAGCACAAAAAGAGGCACAGCCCCCUCAGCCAUGUCCUGGCACUGCCCAGCCCGUUGUCCCCGCGGCCCCUGGGGAUGAUCUCAACACUGACGGGGAUCUCAAAGUGGGAAUGAGGAUUUUGGGCAAGAAAAGAACCAAAACGUGGCACAAAGGGACCUUGAUUGCCAUCAAACCAGUCGGUGCUGGCAAGAAAUACAAAGUGAAAUUUGAUAACAAGGGGAAGAGUUUGCUCUCGGGCAACCACAUUGCCUACGACUACCACCCGUGUCCUGAGGGGCACCACGUGGGCAGCAGGGUGGUGGCCAGGUACAAGGAUGGCAAUCAGAUGUGGCUCUAUGCUGGCAUCGUGGCUGAGACCCCCAAUGUCAAGAACAAAGACAGGUUCCUGAUCUUCUUCGACGACGGCUACGCGUCGUACGUGAAGGAGUGGGAGCUGUACCCCGUCUGUCGGCCACUGGAAAAAAGCUGGGAAGACAUUGAGGAUGUUUCCUGUCGGGAUUUCAUCGAGGAAUACAUCACUGCCUACCCCAACCGGCCCAUGGUGCUGCUGAAGAACGGGCAGCUCAUCAAAACCGAGUGGGAAGGGACCUGGUGGAAAUCCAGGGUGGAAGAAGUGGAUGGAAGUCUGGUCAAAAUCCUCUUCCUGGAACCUCUUCCCAUGGGAAGUGGGAGCGUGUCCUACUCCCUCCUGCAGGAGGAUAAACGGUGUGAGUGGAUUUACCGUGGCUCCACACGCCUCGAGCCCAUGUUCAGCAUGAAAACCUCCACAGCUUCCACCCAGGAAAAGAAGCAAAGUGGGCAAACCAGGACUCGGCCCAAUGUCGGUGCUGUGAGGAGCAAAGGCCCUGUGGUCCAGUACACCCAGGAUUUAGCAGGAGCUGGUCCCCAGUACAAACCCCCGGAGCAGCUCCCGGCUGCUUCCUCUGUGUCCCCUCAGCCUGCAGAGAUGGAAUGCUCUGACAGCCAGCUGGCCCAGUCCAGGAAGCAGGUGGCCAAGAAAAGCACUUCCUUCCGUCCUGGCUCGGUGGGCUCCGGGCACUCGUCCCCUUCCUCCCCCGUCCUCGGCGACGCUGCGGCUCCGGGAAGGGGCAGCGCGGCCCCGCAGCACCGGUGA